AUGGCGAGUGCUGACCUCCUCCGCCGCUCAAGCAGCAAGCCGCACGACGAAGACCACGAUCACAUCGGUUCGGGCGCAUCAACACCACCGAACGGCGGCACCGCAACCCCACGACCUGACCUCCACGACAAACGUCUUCCUGGGCUUUCGAAUUACUUUGCACAGGUACACGCGCUCCUUCCUUUCACCAACAAAUCUGCAGGUUCCGACUCUCUUGCACCUCCACAGCAAGAACAUCCCGUUGGAGAGGAUGAAGCCGCAGCAACGGCGAGCGCGCUGGCACGACAGCUAGAGACUACUCAGCUGCUCACUGCGCCCAGCUCGCCGCGAAGCGAACAAAAAGAUCCAGUCUCCACGUCGCAAGAGAACGCAACGCAUCCUUCGUCUACUUCUCAUUCGCAGCAUCAAGAGAUCAAGGCGCUGACAAAAGGCGACGUUCAGAAUACUCCGCCGCACACCCCACGCACCGGCUCGUAUGCCGGCAGGUCGAGGAACGAUGACGACGUCGCAAAUGUCCCGCACGCGAACAACAAAACGAGUCAUUCCGAGUCCGGAGGCUCGCGAGCGCAUUCGCCGACGAUGAAUCAAGCGAGAGGGCAACUGGAGGUCAGUAUAGAAGAGGCGCGCGGCAUUCGACCUUCUGUGGAUCCCUAUGUGGUUUGCAUCUUCCAGUUGAACGAGGACAUCUCCGGUGGCCCGAAAGAGGACGAGAUGGAUUGUGCAGUGGAGAACGGGCCGGCGGACGAUAAUUUGGCAAGAGGUGUGGCGAUGAAGAGGAUAGGCAGCGGGUCCGGUACACCAAUGGCGAUUCCAGUGAACAUGAGCCGACAAACGAGCUCUUCGAAUAUUGCGGAAAUGCGACGUGGAUCACACAAUAGGGCAGCACAUCAAGAGACGACCGAUCCGAUUUGGCGUCACAAGACGACUUUCGAUGUCGUGGGUGACAACAACGAGAUUGACAUUUCUGUGUACGACCGAGCAAACAACGAGUCCUUUAUUGGCCACGUCCGGCUACCAUUGAACCUCGACGAUUACGAGCAUCAACACGAGGAUUGGUACAAAUUACAAGCGCGGGAGGGUCGCAAGGAGACGGUGACGGGCGAGAUCCACCUGAGCAUCGCAUUCCAUGUCAAGGGAAAGAAGACGUUCGGACCGGAUGAUUUCGAGAUUUUGAAGCUCAUCGGCAAGGGCACGUUCGGCCAGGUGUUCCAGGUGCGGAAGAAGGACACCAAGCGCAUCUACGCGAUGAAGGUCUUGUCGAAGAAGGUCAUCGUGCAGAAGAAGGAAAUCCAACACACAAUUGGCGAGAGGAAUAUUCUCGUGCGGACAGCAACGACGGACUCGCCGUUCAUUGUGGGUCUGAAGUUCUCUUUCCAGACAGCGGCCGAUCUUUAUUUGGUGACCGACUAUAUGUCUGGUGGAGAGCUGUUUUGGCAUCUUCAGAAGGAGGGACGCUUUGUCGAGGAGCGUGCGAAGUUCUAUAUCGCUGAGCUCAUCCUUGCUCUACGACAUUUGCAUCAACACGACAUUGUGUACCGAGAUCUGAAGCCGGAAAACAUUCUACUCGACGCGAACGGCCACAUCGCGCUCUGCGACUUUGGUCUCUCGAAAGCGAAUUUGGCGAAGAACGACACUACCAACACAUUCUGCGGCACGACCGAGUACCUUGCGCCUGAGGUCCUCCUGGAUGAGCAAGGCUACACCAAAAUGGUCGAUUUCUGGUCGCUCGGAGUGUUGGUGUUUGAGAUGUGUUGUGGUUGGUCGCCAUUCUACGCCGAGGACACUCAACAGAUGUACAAGAACAUUGCAUUCGGCAAAGUGCGCUUCCCACGAGACGCCCUCUCAGCCGACGGUCGAAGCUUCGUCAAGGGCCUGCUGAACCGCAACCCAUCGCAUCGUCUUGGCGCUAAGGGCGACGCAGAAGAGCUGAUGGCGCAACCUUUCUUCAACGACAUCGACUGGGACGCUCUCAGCAAGAAGCUUUGCUCGCCUCCAUUCAAGCCGAAAUUGAAGGGCGAGCUCGACACUUCCAACUUCGAUCCCGAAUUCACCAACGCACUCAACGCUGGCGGCGAGUCGAACUCGCUCAAUGCUCGCGCUGCAGCACUCGCCAGUGGCAUCAACACGGAUAGUACGCCGCUCAGCCCGACGAUGCAGAACCAGUUCAAGGGAUUUACUUUCGUGGACGAGAGCACAUUGGAACAGCAGUUCGGUGGCCGAGGCGACGACAUGGAUUACACGACGGACAAUAACCGGCUGUCUCGGACUUUCAGCAACAAGGCUGGCGAUAGGAUGUCUGGUCUUGAGCCGACGAGCGCUGAUGGCGAGUUCAGCCAUGGGAUGGAUGACCUUUGAGUGAGCAGACGCUUUUGAUGCGACCAACCAAUGCAUGCUGCGCCGGCGGCUCUCACGCCGCCUCAAAGAUCACUAUGAGAGGUCCGCUGCGGCACAAUCGGGACUGGAACUGCGGACAUGUACAGAAUGUCCCUCGCGCCUUUCUACCGACACCUUCGGGCGUCCUCCACCGCACCCAUCGCAUUUGAGCGCGUCCGACCCCAGAUAUCAUAAGCGCUUCCAGGCGCUCCAGCAUCACCUUUGCGGACUGUUGCCGAACAAAUGCGGACCGAAUUAUGCAUUC